UGUCGCAACCGUCGUCCAACCUUUUCUUUUAUCUUCGAUCCAUGGGGCAUCUCAAAAAAUGGACGGCCUAGACUUGAGAUAUGAAAGAUGAACGGUUGAAAUGCGUUCUUAUACUCCGCGAGAACUGUAAGAGGAGCCCGACUUGCCACAAUUUGCCUCUUUCCAGCUGAUUGCCUUCGUACGACAAACACUGCGUCGGUUGCUUUUGUUCCCUUCUCGUCCCCUACGGCGGAGGGCUCGAUGGCGGUGGGAACCUUAUAUGAUGGUUCCAGUUCGCAUUUCCAGUGCUGCGUUUGCCUCAUGUGGACACAUAUCUUGCUUUUGGUGUGUGAACAAAGGCCAUGCAUAGGGGCGAGCAUCACAUUGCGCUAUAUUUGUGACGCACUUAAGGCGAUGAGAGUUCUGGUGAAAAUAUCAAAAACAGCAGAUGUCGAGGUUGUGAACACUUAUAUUCACAAGAAAAUUGCCCUGGGAAAAGUAUGAAAAGGCACAUUUUUGUGGAUGAUAAAUCAUGUUCUUUAUGCAAAGAAAUGCUGUAUCAGCCUGCAGUUCUUAAUCGCGGACAUGGUUAUAUAUUGUGUCUUGCAAAUCUAUCUGACUUAAGUGGGGAGCCUCUUCAGUGUCAAAUUUGUGAAAGCCUUGAUCCUGGUGAGUUUCCAAAUGUUUUCUUGGAUUUGGAUCAUUUUCUAGAAGAAGAAUUUCUGAGAGUGUGCAGUGAGAAGAGAACAAGUAAAGCCCAAUGUCAACCGGCAAAUUCAUCAACAAGUACUUUACAACCAAAGAAACUGAAGGCCAAAGUACCUUGUGAAGCCAUGGGUUUAUUAUGGCUUAAUGAAGACACGUCUGCAUUUAUUGUAGGAGUCGUGUGUGACUCAUGUGAGAUAUAUCUGAUUAUUGGUAAGCGAUACAAGUGUAAGGAUUGGAAAGAAGCAGUUGGCUUUGACUUGUGUGAAGCAUGCUACAAAACCAAAUCAAAACUCCCUGGCAGGUUCAACCAGCAGCACACGCCUGACCACAAGUUUGAGCUUGAUGAGCUGCACAUGUUACGUAACAUAUUACUGCGAAGAGCCAGUAUGUUUAACAUUGCUCAACAACGUCCUGAAGUAGUCUGUCCCUAUGGAUGAUGAUCCACAUGAUGGAAAUCAUGACAACGAAGGGGGUGGAAAUGAGGAGGAUCUGAGAUGGAAAGGGAAGCUCUUUGAUGUCCUUGGAAGCAAAAACCGUUGUGUAUUAUUAUCCAGAUUUCUGAAGGGCACUACAAUACAAGAAUAGUGUCUGAUGUUAUCAGAAGGGCGCUGCAAAACAAGACUUCUAUGGCUAGCAUCUCGCUUCAAAUAAUUUGAUUGAUAAGGUCCUUUUGUUCUCUUCUCCCCCAAACCAAGAAGAUUUGGAACCUCCCCCACCUGCGCCACAUUGGUGGCGCCACGGAGAAGUGGAGGAACCCAGAUUUUGGACUGCUGUUGAACUCCAUCCAUCUCUUUUACGGAACACAGCAGAUGUCGGAAUGCUGCACACCGGAGGUUAGACGUAUGGAUAUCCUUUGGCCACUUAAUUCUCCAUCAAAUUAAUCAGGUGGAACAAAAAUGCUCUGAAACCUUGUGCAGAGAGAUUGGUAGAAACCAUCCUUUAUGGCAGUCGAUGCAGCGACUUCCUUCCGACCAAACACUACUAUCUGAGAACUCGGUGGCUUUGAGCUCUGACAUCUCUUACCCGUUGCAAUCGAACACCCCCUUCCCUUGUUCUUGUUGAAUUCAAAGAACGGUGUACUUGUGCAUGAGCAUUGCCUCCGACAUUUCGUCAAACACUCAGAUGCUCAACAAGAUGCAAGUCAUUCAUUA